AUGCAGCUUCCCCCCGCUGCCGUCCUGGCGACAUGGACGCCGAACUACGUUAACCCAACCACACGCGGCCAUGGGGCCAUGAUAAUCAACGUCGUAUUCAUUAUUCUCGCUAUAAUCGUUGUUGGACUCCGCCUUUACACCCGUCUGCGCAUUACUUGCAGCACUGGUGUGGAUGACAUCCUCAUUGUGAUCGCUCUCCUCUUCGCCGUCGCCAUGGUCGUGGUUACUUCGUACGCUACAGAAGUAUGGGGCGCUGGAAAGGGAAGCAAUAAGGUUUUCAACUGGGCUUUCAUCGGCUCAAUGGUUUUUGUUGGAACUACCUGCACUCUCUUUACCUUUUUCAGUAUCUUCCAAUGCUCACCUGUCAAGGCUUAUUGGAACGUCGAACCUCAAUAUAAACACAAAUGCAUGAACAGCGGUGAUAUUCUCUUUGCUGCCAGCGUCAUCAAUAUUUUUACCGACUUCCUGGUGACCGCUCUGCCAAUGCCGCUCAUCUGGAGUCUGAAGCUGCCUGCUCGUCAACGUCUUGCCGUCAUUUCCAUUUUCGGAGUUGGAAUUAUUGUCAACAUAGCUGGGUCUUUCCGGACAUAUUUUGUUUGGCAGGCAUUUGUUGUCGGCUACGAUACGACCUGGAUGGGAUGGCCUGUACUCAUUUCAGCCGCUAUUGAAAUCAACCUAGGCUUGAUCUGCUCCUCCGCCCCCGCCUUACGGCCACUCAUUGCAGCUGUGCUGCCUCGUCUCUUGCAAUCCACCCGCAAUGUCGGCUACUCUUACAACCAACGCAGUCGUUCACAAAAGCUUUGGAAUUCGACCAGCCGCUCUCGUAACUCGCACAUGGUUGUUGGUCACGCUCUCGACUCACGUCAAGCCGAUUACGAAAGUGACCGAUUCGAAAUUAUGCGAACUGUGGAGAUGGAGAGCUGGACCGAGUCCAGACUCGCUCAUCACAAUAAUAUGGGCCAUGCAUAUGAUAUCUCAACCGAGAAUACUCGCACUGGCUCUCCCGACCAUGGGAUUGAAUUGAAGCAGACUGCCACGGUCUACUCAUCUGCCGCCAGCGAUAAAUCCUCUGGCUCAUUACCUCGGACGGCCGUCUCGCCGUUCGAGGAACGAUACCCUCACUGA